CAUAACAGGCCUGCCAUUCCCUACUUCAAAGCGCAGCCUUAAACAUCCUCGUUAACACUUUGAUGCCCACCUUUUGCCCAGACCGGACCCGAAUCCUGAAACAUGAAUUACAAACCAUGGCAAUGGAGGAAAGGAUCCGCAGAGAAGACAAUAUUAGGAAUGGAAAAAUCUGUCAAUCCUUCCAGAACAACCAAAGAAGAGGGACAGAAACUUCCGACUUGUAAUGAAGAUGGACCGGAAAAAUCCUCGAAGAGUCUGAAUGAGAAGUUGGCUUCAGUUCUUCUUGAUUGCUAUAAUGGGGACAAUCCUUCAACAAAGCAUUCACAGAAGUCCCAAGAGGGAAUUCCAGGCGAAGAUGAGGAAAAACAAGUGAAGUCAAUUGAGGGGGAAGAAGAACAUUCAGGUAAAGAAGUAUCGGAUGAAAAGGUAACUCAAACAGAUGCAACAAUGCAUGUCUCUUCUGGUGCUGUUCUAAACACAUCAAGAGACCAUGACAAGAUUCAGGAAGGAUUAGAAGUCAAGUUGAGGGAAACUAGUAAAAGGCUAGAUGACUUAACUACCGAGAACACAUGUCUAACUAGUGCCCUAUUAUCCAAAGAGAAAUCUAUUGAGGAGCUGCUGAAAAGUAAACACCAGGUAGAUGGAGAAUUGAGUACCAUAAUGGCUAGAUUGGAUUCCAUGGAGAAGGAAAAUGCUUUCCUGAGAUAUGAACUUCACAUGCUUGAGAAGGAACUGGAGAUCAGAAAAGAGGAGAUGGAGUAUAGCCGUCAGUAUGCAGAUGCAUCGCAUAUACAAUAUCUGGAGAGAGAACAGGAAGCUUCCAAGUUAGAGGCUGAGUGUCAGAGACUGCGGCUUCUGCUGCAGAAAAGGUUACCUACUACUUCUAGUUUGCUGAGAAAAGAGACAGAUACAACAAGAAGGAAGCCAAGUCCCGCAAUAGGAAACCAUCCUGAUGCGUCUGAAAUGAGUAUCAGCUCGAUGAUCAAACGCUUACAGGAUCUGGAUGAGGAAAACAUGGUUCUCAAAGGAAUUUUAACUGAGAAAAACACUGAACUAGAUUCUUCAAGGUUUAUGUACGCUCAGAUAGCUUCUAGAUUAUCACAGGCUGAGAUUCUUCUGAGAAAGCACUUUGAGGAACACAAGUCCAUGGAGCUCGCCACGUGUCAUCCCACAUCAGACGAACUUUCAUCACUAGCAAAGUCCAAAACUGCUCGUGAUAAAGGGGUUAGCUCUUCAGGAUCUUGGGCACUUGUUUCUGAACUGGAACAUUUAGGAACUGAAGAUGCUAGGGACCAAAAGGACAAUAAAGACAUUGAAGGUCCUGAUCCGAAUUCGAUAGACAAUUAUGUUGAGAUGGAGAAGCGAGCUAUAGUUUCUGUAGAUACACCUAACAGAGGACAAUGCUCUGAUAUAAUAACUGGAAGGGAGCUAGUGCCAGUUGAACAAGAUCUGCACUUCAGUGAUAGCAAACAAGAGACUCAAUUCAAAUAUGCAAUGUUUGAAAAAUCUUUUGAUUGGCUUCAGAUUGUUUUGAAUGCGAUCUUGGAGCAGGAGCGAAUAUCAAAACGAAGUCUUGAUGAACUCUUUGAGGACAUAAAAAUUGCUCUGGGUAGGAUAAGUCACCCAACAUCCUGCAAAUCGGAGUCUUCUGAUGUUAGUAAUUUAAGUGGUGUCGCUGAAUGGAAAAACAAUCCACAUUUCAAUGUUAAUUUGAGCAAGUCAAUUCAUAGAAUUAUCAAGUUGAUCGAAAGAAUUGCUAUCAAGUCACUAAUCUACAGCACGUUUUCUGACGAUAGCUUGGAGAAGAACCAGCAUUCUGAGAUAUCUCAAUCGCCACCAUCCAAAGAAUACUUUGUUCAUGUUUUAAAAUGGAAGUUUAUGGACUUGAAUCCUCUUCUGCAUCGAUUUGUUCACACUUGUAAAGAUUUAUUAGUUGGAAGAGCUGAUUUUGAAAAGUUUGCCGAAGAGGUAGCAUUUGCUUUGGACUGGAGCAUAAAUCAUUGUGACACUCCUACAGAUGCUUCAUUUGCAAGAGAAAGGAUUAAGAACCAUUUUAGCUGUCAUCAGUCACAAAAUGAAGAGUCUGUUUCUUCCCUUUCAGAUGCUUCUCCAGAUGACCAAAGUGCGUUAUUCCUAAUGAAGAACAAUCAGUCUGAUCACAUAGAAGAAAACCAAAAACUGAAUGAUGAGCUGACAACUAAAGAAUCUGUAAAGAAAAACUUGGAGGCAAUGCUGUUCUCAGUAUAUAAGGAAAAUGGGGAUUUAACUCAACAACUUCAGGAAGCGAAAAGCAGCAUUGAAGUUUUGCAAUCGGAACUGGAGGCAAUAAAAGAGUCCAAGGGAAUUAUUGAAGAUCAGUUUGAAAAGCAAAAGUUGAUAAAUGAAGAUCUUGAUACACAGCUUACAAUAGCCCAUUCUAAGCUAAAUGACAUCUUUCAGAAAUUCUCAUCCUUAGAAGUUGAAUUGGAAGAUAAAAAGAUCUCAUGUGAAGAAUUGGAGUCAACAUGUCUUGAGCUUCAACUACAACUAGAAAGUAUUGUGAAGAAGGAAUCUCCAACACCUGGCAGAGAUGAAAUGGAAAAGAUAUAUCAAACAGGAUGGGAGAUAACAACGGCAUCAUCAAAGCUGGCAGAGUGUCAAGGAACCAUAUUAAACCUUGGAAAACAACUAAAGGCACUUGCCUCUUCCAAUGAAUCAGCACUUUUUGAAAGAAUUAUGGCCAUUAAUCCAACCCAAAAGAAGAACUUGAUCAGGCGAUCAUCUCUACGCAGUCAAAUGCAAGCCGAGGACGAAACCAAAGCAGGGAUCCUCGCGUCCCCUCAGAUAGAAGAAAAUGAAUCAAGUAAAGAUGUUGAGAAGCCACCUAUUUUUGAUCUCUCAACUAACAGCGGUUUUCUAAAAGAUCUUAAUGCCAUGGUCAGUGAACCAAAAAAAGACCUUACUUCAGAGCAAGAUGACAGAAAAGCUACUAAAGGUGCCAAGGCAAUUGUAAAGACUAAAAAGCAAGGAGCAUUUGAAUUUCUAAGGAAACUGCUGCUAAGAAAGAUGAAAUUUAAUAAGGGAAAAGGAAAUAGAACCUGACCCAGGUGUUACUAUACUGAUCAUUAUAUGCUUUGACAGUUCUUGGGUGGUCUUUUUUAUGGAAUUGGAGAUGGUUGAAGGUUUUGGUCUUGAGAUUUUGAUGGGAGAAUUUUUACAUUGUAGAUAUUUACAAAAAUGUUGCUUAGUUGUUUUGAUACAUGGGGUGUAAAAGGUGAAGAGCUGCGGAUAUAUGGAGAGGUGAGUUUUGUUAUUGUUGUGCACUCAAAUUUUUUUGGCUGAGUCUUGCUUCUUUUUUCGUCAAAAAAAAAAAAAAAAGGAUUCCUGGGUUA